GAGAGGUCGGAGUACCGCCAAAAGAGCCUUUUUUUGUAUUGUACCCCGUGAUUAUUGAAUGAAUUUACUCCUGCGCGUUCUCGAAUGAAUUAAUGUAGACUUGCGCGGUUUUUCGGAGAGUCUCCAUGUCUGAUUUUCUGCCUUGAGCCGUUCAAUUUGUAAACAAGAGCAAGGAUGGUGGUGUACUGCACGGUGCCUGGAUGCAGGAGCUACGGUGGUCGGGAAAACACGUCUUUUCAUUUAUACCCCAAAGACUCGAAACUCCGGAAGACUUGGGCCGCAAAACUACGCAUGGGCAAGCCAGUUUCUGAUACGUUCAGAGUUUGUAGCGACCACUUUCAAUCAGACGAUUUCGUCUAUCCCAUCGGAAGCUCCAUAUUCGGUUGGAAAAGAAGAACCCUGCAAUCAAGUGCGGUUCCAAGCCGCAACCUUCCCAAACGUCCACUAGACAGGGCAGAGAGCGCAAGUACACUACAAAGGGCAGAGAGAUCUAGGAAAAAAGCCAAGGUCCAAGAGAAAGAGGAAAUGCUGGCAACACUUCUCACUACCCAUGACUCAAGUGAAGAUGCGACAGACAGAGAAGCCCAUGUCACAUGUAGUACUGAACAGGGCAACAGUACCAAAUGUCUCCUGAUGCAUGAUUCAGUGGGAAAUGAACGAUGUGGAGACUCCACAGUGUUGACAAAAGCAGAGCCUACACUGUCGUGUUCGAAUACAAGCAGUGACAGUAACAUAGCCAAUGAAGCUAUCCGGUGCCUCGCAGAUGUUGGUGUUCAAGUGGACGACCCCAUCUCAAUGUGUUCCACUACUCGGCAACAAAUGGUGUCCAUCACGAAAGUGAAAUCUGAAAAGGACCUCUUGGCAUUAACAGGACUGUCAAGCUUUAGGCUAUUUUAUAAUUUAGCAGAUGCGCUCACAGAUAUCCGGCUCAAAGAGUCUAGCAGAAGCUUCUGCCUGAGUAAUGAGGAUGCCACUCUGCUAACCUUCAUGAGGUUGUAUCAGGAUACGUCAUUUUCUGUGCUUGGAGUUCUUUUUGAUGUGCAUCGCACAACAGCAGCCAAUAUAUGCAAGGAAUGUAUUGAAAUUCUAGCAGUAAUACUUAGAACAGCUGUUUUCUGGCCCAGUAGUGAUGCAGUCAGAAGCUGCAUGACCAAGUACUUUGCAAAGUACCCUAACACUCGUGUUGUGCUAGAUUGUACUGAAAUGAAAAUUGAACGGCCUUCUGACUUGCAAUCACGAAUAUUAACCUAUAGCCACUACAAACAAACGUACACUGCAAAGGUUCUUGUCUGCGAAACCCCAGGGGGGCUGAUCAGCUAUGUAAGCCAAGCAUAUGGAGGGAGGACUUCAGACACCCAUAUUGUCAAAGAGAGCAACGUCCUUGACAUGUGCGAACAAGGCAAGGAUGCUGUCAUGGUUGACAAAGGGUUUCUGAUUGAAUCACUUUGCAAUGAAAAAGGAAUUGAAAUGAUAAGGCCACCUUUUUUGAAGGGGCAGAGUCAGCUUACACAACAGGAGGGAAGAAAAAAUCAGUCAAUCGCACAGGCCAGGGUACAUGUUGAAAGGGCCAUUCACAGGAUGAAGCUUUUCAAGAUACUGCAGAAUAGGCUACCACUUGAACUUUUCCCAUAUGUUGAUUCUAUAAUCACCAUUACUGCAGGGAUAGCAAACUUAUCAAAGCCACUGUUUAGUGCAGACAAGUUUAUGGAUCAGAGCAUCAUGAAACAAAGCACCUAAGGCACAUACUAUGAGUUUCCAAGUUGUACAAGCCUAGAAUAAUCACAGCAAAACUGAAAAUAUCACAUUUUUAAGGGACGGGCACAUCCAGGCAUCAGACGACAUAGAAAAUCCCAAGCAAAAUAGUGUUGUAGUGUGACUGACAUGUCUGAUGGAGCACAUGCCAAGUGCAAAUGCUGAAUGUUGAUGGUAUGUUGGAAUUCUCCUCCAAAAAACCAGGCUCACUAAACAAAUUGAGGGCAUGACUUUCAGAAACGUAUUGCUACCGGUGUGUGGGUGCCUCAUGGAGUUACAAGGAGUCUUUUCUUCUCUCAAUUCUGUACUCUCACACUGCUCGGCACUUCGGGUCAUGAAAUUCACGAUCGCAAUCAUUUGGUAAGAAAUGAGAUCAGCCACAUGAAGGUCGACAUUGCAUAGAGCUGAGCUUAAUCAUGCCACAUAUUAGUGCACUCACCAGAUUCAUCACCCCUGUGACCAGAGAUCGACAAAGUAACAUGCUCUGGUUGCAUGUGUGAUGCUAUCCUAUGAGUGCGCUAAUAUGCCGUAUGAUUUAGCUCAGCAAUACGCCAUGCCGACCUUCACGUGACUUUGUAGCCUGUGGCUGAGCUCACGCAUUAUCAUGAUUGUGACUGUGAGUUUCAUGUCACAUUGCUGGAAAUUAUGAUGUGACAGAAGCAACGCUGAUCUUUAAAAUUAGUUCAUUUAAUAUCUAAGCAUAUUUCUAAUGAAAAAGUUAGUCUAAUGUAAGCCGAGAGUGAACAUAGUGGUAUCAAUUUCAUAACUGGAUUGCCUAGUGUGACCGUCCUUUUAAUACGUCUGAACAUGUUCGUGAAAGCAGCUCUGGAAACAUAAUAACAACUACAUACAAGACACUCAAAGCAGCAUUGAAAGUUAGUUUUAAAAAAAAGUGUAACAUUCAGUAACCUCAGCAGAGCAUUUAAGCUAUGUAGAAGUUUCCUUCCCAUGGCCUCCCUUAGUCUAUCAUUUCUGUAGAGUGAUUUCGGGUCUACUAAUGGUUGCUGUGAAGUGUUGAUUUGUAAACUUGCAGUAUCUGAAUAUUUAAUGAUGAAUUAAAUAAUGAUUUGGUGAUGUCAAGACACUGGCAACAACUGUUUUUAAGUGUGCGCUCGUUUCUAGAGAUUUAUGCUGUAUUGUUCAUAUGACUAGUAGGAUUACACAGUGUAGCAUAAUAAAUUGCAGAUUCUCAUUGA